AUGAGAAAAAUCAAGGCCAAGGCCCACCGUAUGAGUCGGCGCGAUUCCGGCGGCAGUGCUCGCUUUAACCCGUUUAGACACAUUGCCUAUGGAGCGCCGAAGCGAUCAAGUACGAUAGAUGCAGCUGAGCGAGGAAUAUCAACCGGCGACAGCGAUACAGCGCACCUGGGUCCAUCUACAAGCGCACCAGGUCGUCUUCUGACGCCCGUCAACCAGUCGGCACGGAAUAGUAAGGAGCUAGAAGGUAGCCACGUGGUCGACCAUGCGGAUCAGGGCGACACAUUUGUAUCACAGGCGACCACUGUUGGAAACGACGUUGAUAGCAAUAGUGUGCGACAUCGUGGUGCCCAGGAAAAUACCCCAACCAAGCCCGAAAUUUUUGAAGAGGACGAGAAGCCCAAGAAGACAAACACCGGCGGUUUCUUCAAGCAUGUCGAACCUGCAGAGCCGUUUACCGUCCGGAAUCAAAUCCAGCGCGUAUUUUUUGGUUCCCCGAUCAACAUCCUCGUACUCGCCGCGCCUGCGGGUAUUGCUCUACACUUUCUCAACUUUGACGGUAGAGUUGUAUUCGGUGUCAACUUCGUCGCUAUCGUACCUCUCGCCGCGAUGCUAAGCAAUGCUACUGAAGAGAUUGCGAUGCGAACUGGAGAAGUUCUUGGAGGACUAAUAAAUGCGUCUUUUGGUAACGCUGUUGAGCUGAUCGUGGCCAUCAUCGCCCUCACAAAGAAUCAGAUCAAGGUUGUACAGACGUCUCUAGUCGGAAGUAUUUUAUCCAAUCUACUUCUCGUCCUAGGCUUCUGCUUCUUCUGCGGUGGCAUUAAUCGUCGAGAGCAAUACUUCAAUACCACUGUGGCCCAGACUGCUGCCAGUCUACUGGCUCUGGCCGUAGGAAGUCUCAUCGUACCCACCGUUUUCGCACAUACCGACGAUUUGAACGAGGGUUCUAUCCAGCUAAGCCCCAACGCUGUCCCGAGCUUAUCUCACGGUGUCGCCCUAAUCCUACUAAUCGUAUACGCCUCGUAUCUUUUCUUCCAGAUGAAGACUCACGUAACCUUGUUUAACGAGGAAAGCCAGAAAGUUGCAAGCAAGCCGAUCUUUAAGAAGGCUCUCCCAGAUGGUGCCGUUGCUUCUGGUAUUGCGAGAGCAGGUGCUGGAGCUACCCACGCCGGUGUUCACGACGAGGAGGGCAAGCUUAGCGAGAUAAUGAUGAACCCUCUUGGACACGUGGACGACGAUGAGGAAGAAGGACCUCAGCUUAGUUUUGCUGUCGCUUUUGCUACCCUCAUCGGUGCUACGGUUAUCAUUGCGCUCUGCGCGGAGGGUAUGGUUGGUGGUAUCGAGGCCAUUACUUCUACGGGUGCCGUCAGUGAGGAAUUCGUUGGUCUUAUUCUCCUCCCGAUCGUCGGCAAUGCCUGCGAGCACGCAACUGCCGUUACUGUCGCCAUUAAGGACAAGAUGGAUCUCGCUAUUGGUGUCGCUAUUGGAUCGUCUAUGCAGGUCGCUCUUCUUCUCAUCCCACUCCUUAUUAUCAUCGGUUGGGGUAUGGGUAACCAGGAGAUGACCCUCGCUUUCGAUACAUUCCAGGUCAUUGUUCUUUUCGUUUCCGUCCUCUUAGUCAACUAUUUAAUCGGUGAUGGAAAGAGUCAUUGGCUUGAGGGUCUCAUUUUGAUAUGCCUGUAUGCGAUUAUUGCUACAUGCGCAUGGUUUUACCCUACCAUCCCCGGAAGUGUGUGA